AUGGACCAGAAUCAAAAUAAAAAAGAGGAGACAAAAUCUCCAGAGAAAAGAAAAACCAGACGCUUUGAUCGAUUCAAGAUCUUUUUGGCUGCUAUCUCAUUCUCCUUUAUUUGUAAGACGUUCGCUGGAGUUCUCAUGAAGAGUUCCCUCACACAGAUAGAAAAGCGAUUCGAUAUCUCCUCUUCCACCUCCGGCUUCAUUGAUGGAGGAUUCGAAUUCGGAAAUUUGUUUGUCAUCGUCUUUGUAAGUUACUUUGGAUCAAAACUCCACAGGCCUAAGCUAAUCGGAAUUGGUAGUCUGGUGAUGGGAACUGGCUGUUUUUUAAUUGCCCUACCACAUUUCUUGAUGGGCCGUUACAGAUACGACACAGGAACCUCGAGCGACCCCUUGAAAGGUGCCAUCCCCACCUGCUCCAUCAACCGCACCUCGUCGCCCUCCACAACCUCCCCCAAGAUCCUGGAGAAAGGCUGUGACAGAGGCUCUGAAAAUUACUACUGGAUCUAUGUGCUCCUGGGUAACAUGCUGAGAGGCGUGGGAGAGACCCCCAUUGUGCCGCUGGGGGUUUCUUACAUCGAUGACUUCUCCGAGGAAGGGAAUUCUUCCAUUUAUUUAGGUGGCCUGCAAGCCAUCACAAUGAUUGGUCCGAUCCUGGGGUUCAUCAUGGGGUCUGUGUUUUCCCGAAUAUACGUAGACGUCGGAUUCGUGGACCUGAGCUCCGUCCGCAUCACCACCAGGGACGCGCGCUGGGUGGGCGCCUGGUGGCUGGGCUUCCUGGUGGCCGGGCUGCUGUGCAUCCUGUCCGCCAUCCCCUUCUUCUUCCUGCCCAAGAACCCACGCGAGCUGCAGGCCGCGAGGAAGGGCUCCGUGUCCUCCGCGCAGGGGCUCAAGGCCGGCGAAGAGACCGGCCCACAAGCCCAUCCCGCCAGCCAGGGACCGCCCGAGCCCUCCCGCUGCGUGGUAAGGACGUGGGGGAGCGGUUUCUUAAUGUCCAUGAGAAGCAUCCUCUCCAACAAGCUGUAUAUUCUGUUCCUGACUAUGACCCUGCUACACCUGAGCGCCUUCAUUGGCUCCUUCACUUACGUCUUCAAGUACAUCGAACAGCAGUAUGGGCAGCCCACCUCUCAUGCUAACUUCCUUUUGGGGCUUAUCACAAUCCCCACCAUGGCCUCUGGAAUGCUUCUAGGAGGAUAUAGCAUUAAAAAAUUCAAGCUGACUGUGGUGGGAAUUGGGAAGCUGUCAUUUUGCACGGCCUUAUGCGCCGUCUUCACCCACUUGAUCUACUUCUCUCUCAUCUGUGAGGGUCGAUCGGUCGGCGGCCUCACCGUGGCCUAUGAUGGAAACAGUUCCGUCCAGUCUCAUAUGAACCUGUCGCUGUCUCCAUGCAACGUGGCCUGCGGCUGUGAGGACCGGCAUUGGGAGCCCGUGUGUGGGGACAAUGGCGUCACGUACUUGUCUCCUUGCCUGGCGGGAUGCUCAUCCGAUGAUGCUAGUGGGAACAACACAGUGUUUCAUAACUGUACUUGUGUCAGAGCCUCAGGCUCCCCAAACAGAAAUUACUCAGCCCAUUUGGGUGAAUGCCCACGAAGUGAUGCGUGCAAAAUGAAAUUUAAGAUUUACAUAGGUGUGCAAGUUAUAUACUCCUUUUUCCUGGCCCUGGGAAGUCCUUCCUAUAUGAUGCUGCUUGUGAGACUUGUUGAACCUGAACUAAAAUCACUGGCAAUGGGUUUCCAUUCACUUGUUAUACGAACACUAGGAGGAAUGCUGGCUCCCAUCUGCUUUGGCACCCUGAUCGAUAUGACAUGUAUAAAAUGGUCCAUCACUCCGUGUGGAAAGAAAGGCACUUGCAGAAUGUACAAUUCCAUAUUAUUUGGAGCUAUCUACUUGGGCUUACAGUCCUGCUUAAAAUUCGUAUCGCUUGGUUUCUUUGCUACAUUAAUUUGGGCCAUGAAGAAAAAAUAUGAAGGAAAAGCUACCAAGGAAAUGGGAAAUGAAGAAAAAGCCACAGAUGAAGAGAAAUUGGACUCCGUGAACAAAAAUGGACAUUUUGUCAGUGAAACACACAUUUAAGGGAGAGAGAAGAUACAGUCACUGCUGAGCGCUUCCAAAAAACAAAAAAGGAACAGAAAAAAAAAG